AGCCCCACAGACAGACAGGCAUGUGAUAGAGAGAGGGAAAUGGAACGGGAGAACAUCAGAAAGUAGCUGGUGAUUUGUGCUGGGAGACUUCGCUAUGUUUGGAGCAAACUGUAGCUAACACUGGGAUUAUCAGAGACAGAUCUUGGUGAGAUUAUAAAAUGCCUACCAAGUGGCACUUCUUCAGUGGCACCUUCAUACUGCCAGUUUUGCUCAGUGUGUGGAUGCAGGCAGUCAGUGCACUCAGUAUCCAGCUGAUCCCUCAGUAUCCUGCGGUCGGUCAGUCAGUCACUCUCAGUGUUACUGGGAUCAAUGGGAAUCUCCGGCAAUUCAGCUGGUAUAAAGGACCAAACUCAAACGCUGAAUAUCAAAUCCUCUCAUAUAUCCAGAGUGUAAACCCCCCACAGACUAAUGGAUCACAGUAUUUCUCUCGGGCCAGCGGGCUCCCUAAUGCCUCGUUACUGAUCUCAGAUCUGGUGAUUACAGACCGGGGUAAUUACACAGUGAUUGUACAGACAGAUAGAGGAUCACAGCAAGAAUCACUGAACCUGACUGUAUACAUUCCUGUCACUAAACCUGUAGUUAGGGCAAACAGCUCUUUGGUCAAGGAAAAUGACACGGUCACCCUCACAUGUGAGACGGAAAAUGCUGAAAGGAUCGUGUGGGGCCGCAGUAAUGACAGACUUCCCUCUGAUAUAACUCUAUCCAAUGAUAACAGGAAUCUCACCUUCUCCAGUAUCAAACGCUCAGACUCAGGAGAUUAUUACUGUGAGGCUGAGAAUGUUAUCAAUAAGAUCAAAAGUGACAUCUACACACUGACUGUAAACUACGGCCCAGAAAAUCUGAUCAUUACAGGUCCUAAUGGCAUUGAAAGCUACUUUAACAUGACCGUGGGUACUUCCUUGUCAUUAAAUUGCUCUGCAGUAUCUUUCCCUCCACCCACCUACCAUUGGAAACACAAUGAGAUAGAUUUGAGAAAAUAUGACUCCAUUCUAACACUGGAUCUCUCUUUGAAAGAAAAUGGGAAUUAUACCUGUACUGCGUCCAAUUCAAAGACAAACAUUACUGUUGCCACCUCUGUAGUCGUGAUUGUAUAUGACAGAACAUUGACUCCUGAUCCUCCUGGACCCUCUGGAGAGAAAAUAGGAAUUAUCAUUGGCAUUGUGGUUGCCAUCAUUGUAGUAGCUCUCAUUGCUGCAUUAAUCUACUUGUUUGUCAUCCAGAAAGCACGCCAAAAGAAUUCAAAUAAAAAGAACAAAACCACAAAUGUCUCCGUCACGCCUUCUUCAGGAAAUGCAGUAGAACAUUGCAGCUUACUUGGGAGAUUCUUCUCCAUCUUUCCUCAUAGAGGCCAGAGCAGCUCCACCGUACGUGUCUACCACCAUCUUAUCAGCUAUUGGUUCUCUUGAUCUUGUAGGAUGAUCCAUGAUAAUGGAGAAAGGACACCUUUCCCACAAAGGCCACCAAGAUGUUGGAAAAGUCCAAUAUAACUUGACUUGUUAGUUGCUAAAGUGAUCACCUGAGUUUCUCCACUCAAUUAUCAACAAGUAGAUGUCAGUGAAGCCAUUUAAGUCUUUUGUAAUCAAAAAUCCAACUUUAUUUAGAGUAGCUAUGGCACCAUUUGUCCUCUCAGUAUAGUAGAAAGACCCACUUCCUUUUAAUCCUAUUUAGUUCUAAACUGCAGUGUUUCCCCUUUUGCUCCAAAUUGAAUGCUGUUCAUGAUGCCAUGCCUUUCAAAGACUUAUAGUUCAGUCCUCAACUGAAUGAGGCCACCAUUUGAACUGUGAUGCCUAGAAAACCUUGCUGUACACAUAAAGCACUGCAUAUAUAAGUCCAGCAGGUGCUGAUGGUGCAAAGGCUAAGAAAGACAUUUGGAAAUCUGGAAUAGAGUUGCAAGAUGCCUAAGUCAAGUCCAAAAAAAGACAUUUUGAAAAAUGUAGAGAAAUAGAAUCAAA